CAAACCAAGAAGGGUGUCAUCUACCAGACCUUCUGUGACAUGACCACUGCGGGUGGCGGCUGGACCCUGGUGGCCAGUGUGCACGAGAACAACAUGUAUGGGAAGUGCACGCUGGGCGAUCGCUGGUCCAGUCAGCAGGGCAACAGAGCCGACUACCCCGAGGGUGAUGGCAACUGGGCCAACUACAACACCUUUGGGACUGCAGAGGCGGCCACAAGUGAUGACUACAAGAACCCUGGCUACUAUGACAUCCAGGCCCAGGACCUGGGCAUCUGGCAUGUGCCCAACAAUAGCCCCAUGGAGAAUUGGAGGAACACCUCCCUGCUGAGAUACCGCACGUUCGUUGGCUUCUUCCAGCAUCUGGGACAUAAUCUGUUUGGCCUCUACCAGAAAUAUCCAGUGAAAUAUGGAGCAGGAAAGUGUUGGACUGACAAUGGGCCUGCGAUACCUGUGGUCUAUGACUUUGGCGAUGCUCAGAAGACGGCAGCCUAUUACUCCCCAAAUGGCCGCAAUGAAUUCACUGCAGGAUAUGUCCAUUUCAGAGUAUUUAAUAAUGAGAGAGCAGCGAAUGCCUUGUGUGCUGGAAUGAAGGUCACUGGGUGUAACACUGAAUUUCACUGCAUUGGUGGAGGAGGUUACUUCCCAGAGGGUAAUCCCUCGCAAUGUGGAGACUUCUCUGCUUUUAACUGGAAUGGAUAUGGGACUCAUACCGGAUGGAGCAGUAGCCAGGAGAUAACUGAGGCAGCUGUACUUUUGUUCUAUCGCUGACACGGUCUUGCUAAGAGACCUGGCCUUGCUCUACCAACUACCACGUCCAAGUGAUGGAGGCUGACUUACCUAGUGUCUAGAAUGCCAGUGGCUGA